GAGGGAGGGAGGGAGGGAGGAGGAGCAGGAGGAGCUGGAGUUCGAGCUGUGAGGUUCGGGGCCGAGACCCCAUCCCGGAGCCCUGGCCGGGGCGGGUGUGCCAGCUCUCGCGCCGCUGCCCGCGCCCACGACCAUGCUCCGCGGUUGGGAGGCAGGAACCCAGGCAUCCAGCGGUUCCCGGAUACCUUCUCCUGGGCUGGGCUGGUAUUGAGAUCAAGGAGUGCUGGAUCAAAAGAUCACCGCCAGCCAGCCUUCUCCACACCUCCACGGUCCAACUGGAGGAUCCCAGUUCACCCACCGACCCUGACCUGGUUAUGGCGUGCAGCUCCGGCCUGGCGUGAGGACCCCCGACCGGCGUGAGGGAGCCCCCAUCCCAGACCACACCCCUGAGCCUCAGCCAGACACACGUUACUCCGGAGUCCCUGCUCCAGUACCGAGUACCUGACUGGGCCCUGGGCACGCACAGGGGCCGUAGCCCCACUGUGUGUGGGAGCCAUGAGGAUCCUGGCUAACAAGACAAGGUUACCCCACCCCAGGAGGAGAGAAGCUCCAGGGAGCCCACCGCUGUCUCCCCGCGGCCACUGCCCCCCUGCCCCAGCCAAGCCAAUGCACCCAGAAAAUAAAUUGACCAAUCAUGGCAAAACAGGGAAUGGCGGGGCCCAAUCUCAGCACCAGAAUGUGAACCAAGGACCUACCUGCAACCUGGGCUCCAAGGGCGUGGGGGCGGGGAGCCAUGGGACCAAGGCCAACCAGAUCUCACCUAGCAACUCAAGUCUGAAGAACCCCCAGGCAGGAGUGCCCCCUUUCAGCUCACUCAAGGGCAAGGUGAAGCGGGAGCGGAGUGUGUCGGUGGACUCUGGAGAGCAGCGGGAGGCUGGGACUCCAUCCCUGGAUUCAGAGGCCAAAGAGGUGGCACCCCGGAGUAAGCGGAGGUGUGUAUUGGAGCGGAAGCAACCAUACAGUGGGGACGAAUGGUGCUCUGGACCCGACAGCGAGGAGGACGACAAGCCCAUUGGGGCCACCCACAAUUGUAAUGUAGCAGACCCAGUCAUGGCGGCCCCACAGCUGGGUCCUGGCCAAACUACCCAACUGCCCCUCAGUGAGAGCAGUGCACCAGGCCCCCCACAUGGCCCCCCACCAGGCCUUCGGCCAGAUGCCCCUGGGGGUGGGGCCGGAGGCGUCCCUGGAAAGCCUCCCUCACAAUUUGUGUAUGUCUUCACCACCCACUUGGCCAACACGGCUGCUGAAGCAGUGUUGCAGGGCCGGGCAGACUCCAUCCUCACAUACCACCAGCAAAAUGUGCCCCGGGCCAAGCUGGACCAGGCCCCUAAAGUGCCACCCACUCCAGAACCACUACCCCUGAACGCACCGUCAGCAGGUACACCACAGUCUCAGCCGCCUCCACUGCCACCACCACCCCCAGCUCCUGGCAGUGCCCCCCCUGCUCUGCCCUCGGAGGGGCCUCCUGAAGACACCAGUCAGGAUUUGGCCCCCAACUCAGUGGGAGCUGCCAGCACAGGUGGUGGGACUGGAGGUACCCACCCUAAUACCCCUACGACUGCCACUGCUAACAACCCUUUGCCUCCUGGAGGAGACCCGAGCAGUGCCCCUGGCUCAGCCCUGCUCGGGGAGUCCACCCCCACAGGAAAUGGGCAGCGCAGCCUGGUGGGCUCUGAGGGCCUGUCCAAAGAGCAGCUGGAACACCGUGAGCGCUCCCUCCAGACACUGCGAGAUAUUGAGAGACUGCUACUCCGCAGUGGCGAGACUGAGCCUUUCCUCAAGGGGCCUCCCGGAGGAGCUGGUGACGGGGGCCCACCAGCACAAGCUCCCUCUGCCCCUCAGCAGCCACCUUCAGCCCCUCCCAGUGGGCUGAAGAAGUACGAGGAGCCCUUGCAGUCCAUGAUUUCACAGACGCAGAGCCUAGGAGGCCCCCAGCUGGAGCAUGAAGUGUCUGGGCACCCCCAGGGUGGGGACAUGGGGCAGCAAAUGAACAUGAUGAUGCAGAGGCUGGGCCAGGACAGCCUGACACCUGAGCAGGUGGCCUGGCGCAAGCUGCAGGAAGAGUACUAUGAGGAGAAGCGGCGGAAGGAGGAGCAGAUUGGACUGCAUGGGGGCCGCCCUCUACAGGACAUGGUGGGGAUGGGGGGCAUGAUGGGGAGAGGCCCCCCACCUCCCUACCACAGCAAGCCUGGGGAUCAAUGGCCACCUGCAAUGAGUACACAACUACGAGGACCUAUGGAUGUCCAAGAUCCCAUGCAGCUCCGGGGUGGACCUCCUUUCCCUGGCCCCCGUUUCCCAGGCAACCAGAUACAAAGGGUGCCUGGGUUUGGUGGCAUGCAGAGUAUGCCCAUGGAGGUGCCCAUGAAUGCCAUGCAGAGACCUGUGAGGCCAGGCAUGGGCUGGACUGAAGACUUGCCCCCUAUGGGGGGACCCAGCAAUUUUGCCCAGAAUGCUGUGCCCUACCCAGGUGGGCAGAGUGAGGCAGAGCGAUUCAUGGCCCCUCGUGUCCGGGAGGAGCUGCUGCGGCACCAGUUGCUGGAGAAGCGGUCGAUGGGCAUGCAGCGUCCCCUGGGCAUGGCAGGUAGUGGCAUGGGACAGAGCAUGGAGAUGGAGCGGAUGAUGCAGGCACACAGGCAGAUGGAUCCUGCCAUAUUCCCAGGGCAGAUAACUGGUGGAGAGGGUUUGGCUGGCACUCCCAUGGGCAUGGAGUUUGGUGGAGGCCGGGGCCUCCUGAGCCCCCCAAUGGGACAGUCUGGGCUGAGGGAGGUGGACCCGCCUAUGGGGCCAGGCAACUUGAACAUGAACAUGAAUGUGAACAUGAACAUGAACAUGAACCUGAAUGUGCAGAUGACGCCACAGCAGCAGCAGAUGCUGAUGUCACAGAAGAUGCGGGGCCCUGGUGAUAUGAUGGGGCCUCAGGGCCUCAGUCCUGAGGAGAUGGCUCGGGUUCGGGCUCAGAGCAGCAGUGGCAUGAUGGGCGGACCACAGAAGAUGCUUAUGCCAUCACAGUUUCCCAGCCAAGGCCAGCAAGGAUUCUCUGGGGGUCAGGGACCCUACCAAGCCAUGCCCCAGGACAUGGGCAACACUCAAGACAUGUUCAGUCCUGACCAGAGUUCAAUGCCCAUGGGGACUGUGGGCACCACCCGGCUCAGCCAUAUGCCUCUGCCCCCUGCAUCCAAUCCUCCUCCUGGGUCUGUACAUUCAGCUCCCAACCGGGGACUGGGCAGACGGCCUUCAGACCUCACCAUUAGUAUUAAUCAGAUGGGCUCGCCAAGUAUGGGACAUCUGAAGUCGCCCACACUUAGCCAGGUGCACUCACCCCUGGUCACCUCACCCUCUGCCAACCUCAAGUCACCCCAGACUCCCUCUCAGAUGGUGCCCUUGCCAUCUGCCAAUCCGCCAGCACCUCUCAAGUCACCCCAGAUUCUCAACUCCUCCCUUAGUGUCCGUUCACCCACUGGCUCACCCAGCAGGCUCAAGUCUCCCUCCAUGGCGGUGCCUUCUCCAGGUUGGGUUGCCUCACCCAAGACAGCCAUGCCUAGUCCUGGGGUCUCUCAGAAUAAGCAGCCGCCUCUCAACAUGAACUCUUCCUCUACCCUGAGCAACAUGGAACAGGGUGCCCUCCCACCUAGCGGCUCCCGGAGCAGUUCCUCAGCACCUCCUGCCAACCCUCCCAGCGGCCUCAUGAACCCCAGUCUACCAUUUACAUCCUCCCCAGACCCCACGCCUUCCCAGAACCCCCUGUCACUGAUGAUGUCCCAGAUGUCCAAGUACGCCAUGCCCAGCUCUACCCCGCUAUACCACAAUGCCAUCAAGACCAUCGCCACCUCAGAUGAUGAGCUUCUGCCUGACCGGCCCCUGCUACCCCCACCCCCACCACCACAGGGCUCUGGGCCAGGCAUCAGCAACAACCAGCCCAACCAGAUGCAUCUGAACUCUGCUGCUGCCCAGAGCCCCAUGGGCAUGAACUUGCCAGGCCAGCAGCCCUUGUCCCAUGAGCCCCCACCUACUAUGUUGCCCUCCCCCACCCCUCUGGGGUCCAACAUUCCAUUGCACCCCAAUGCACAGGGGACAGGAGGGCCCCCUCAAAACUCAAUGAUGAUGGCUCCAGGAGGCCCAGACUCCCUGAAUACCCCUUGUGGCCCUGUGCCCAGCUCCUCCCAGAUGAUGCCUUUCCCUCCUCGGCUGCAGCAGCCUCAUGGUGCCAUGGCCUCCACUGGGGGUGGGGGUGGGGGGCCUGGCCUGCAGCAGCAUUACCCUUCAGGCAUGCCCCUGCCCCCUGAGGAUCUGCCCAACCAGCCACCUGGCCCCAUACCGCCCCAGCAGCACCUAAUGGGCAAAGGCAUGGCUGGGCGCAUGGGCGAUGCAUACCCGCCUGGAGUGCUCCCUGGGGUGGCAUCAGUAUUGAAUGACCCAGAGCUGAGCGAGGUGAUCCGGCCCACCCCGACAGGGAUUCCUGAGUUCGACUUAUCCAGGAUCAUCCCCUCUGAGAAACCAAGCAGCACUCUCCAGUACUUUCCCAAGACCGAGAACCAGCCCCCCAAGGCCCAGCCCCCCAAUCUGCAUCUCAUGAACCUGCAGAACAUGAUGGCGGAGCAGACCCCCUCCCGGCCCCCCAACCUCCCAGGCCAGCAGGGGGUACAGCGGGGGCUCAGCAUGUCCAUGUGCCACCCUGGACAGAUGUCCUUGCUGGGCAGGACAGGUGUGCCCCCACAGCAGGGCAUGGUGCCCCAUGGCCUGCACCAGGGGGUCAUGUCCCCACCACAAGGCCUCAUGACCCAGCAGAAUUUCAUGCUGAUGAAGCAACGGGGUGUGGGGGGCGAGGUCUACAGCCAGUCCCCUCAUAUGCUCUCCCCACAGGGCUCCCUCAUGGGCCCCCCACCCCAGCAGAACCUCAUGGUGUCCCACCCUCUGCGGCAGCGCAGUGUGUCUCUGGACAGCCAGAUGGGCUACCUCCCGGGGCCAGGCAGCAUGGCCAAUCUGCCCUUCUAGCAGGGCUGGAGUUGGGGAUACAGAAAAUAUCCUAACCUUAACCGAUUCUUCCCUCCAGUGUUGGGAUGGAUGGCCUGGGUCCAGGGUGGGGUGGAAGGGUGGGAGGGGGCUUGUGUGGGGAGUGGCAUUUGUGAAAACCAGAUGUGCUGGCAGCUUAGGGGAAAGCAGCAGAGUGGGGUGGGGCGGGUUGGGAUUGGGGUUCCAUUUCUGCCACCAGGACUGCCUCUUCCCCACCCUCUAUGGAGCCUCUAUUUUCCCUCUGUCUUUGCCCCUCUCCCUAUUUUUCAGCUAUGCUUUGGGGCCCUGGGGGAGAGAGGAAGAAGAGGGCUUGUCCAUCCUCUGUCCCUUUGCGGAGUUGUCACCUUGUUGGGUGCUCCAGCUCCACUUUUACCCUCCCAGUUUCUCUGCUCUUGCCCCUUUUUCCUUCUGUCUCUUCCUGCCUCAUUCCCCCUUCUUGCUGACCUGGCUGACCUCGUCUCCCAUGCCCCCUGUAGGCAACUGGCCAGAUGGGCAGGUGCCAGCAGAGCUGUAAAUAGAGCGCUGCGCUUUUGUGCUGGUA